AUGAGAUUUGGGGAAAAUUUAGGAGAUCCAUGGGAUUUAGGAAAUAUUUUAAGAGGAAUUUUAGGAUUUGUGAUUUUUUGAGUAGCUUUUGGAUGAGUAAGAGCUGUGACCGUUGUUUGAUCUGACUGUUGAGGAAGAGCCCUUGUAAUAGGUCUGAGUGCCGCCUCCGCUCUUAGAGCUCCAUGUCUUGUUUGUUCCACUUGAGUAAGUAUUCUUUCCAGUCCCUGAGUUACUAUAGGUGUUCGUGUAGUUUCUAACUCCUUUAGAAGGAUAACUGUUAGUAUAACUAUGAACUCCUCCUGAGGAGUCAUUAUAAGAGGAACUAUAGCUUCCUCCUCCUGAAGAUCCACCAGCUCCUCCUGAGCCUCCUGAUGACUGAUCGUUUCCCAUUUAGUUAAUUAUUAUCAAGCUCAACCGUGAGGGCUUUAA